CUCGUCUGCCCCCUUUGCCUUAGCUGCUGCUAUUCUCCUUAUCUGUUCAAGCACUACGCAGGCUAUCUGAGGGCUAUUGCGCUUGUCGCGAUGCCCCCUACUUUUAGGUCCUCCCGCUCUGGUCGACAGUUCAUCGAUAAUAGCACAAACCGAGGCAGAUCGGGCCAUUUCGACCAUGAUAUAUUCGAAGGCAUACCAGUUCGUCGGUGGACGCGCCAACAACAUACCGUCUCCCAAGCCCCGAAACCCGACGAGUCAGAACCAAAAACCCCUGGAUAUGGUGGGAUGUCGUCCCUGCCGGAACUUGCCAUGCCUAAGGAUAGCCAGCUGUUGAUGCCCGCAAGCAGGGCUCUCCUUCGCGCCGCCCGCGCGGGGUGUAUAUAUAUCCGCCAUGUUGACAAGGAUGUCGAAGAUGACGAAAAAGAAACGACAGACGUGGAGGAUUUGGUCGCUGCGAAUGGGAUGGAGCGCAACUUCACAACGCGCAAGUGGGCGCUGGUUCCUAGACAUUUAGAACCCCCUGAGACCGAAUAUCUUGCGAAAAGGAGACUGGGAUUACCAGCCUUAUACGGCGCAUCUGCUAAAGUUUCAGAUGGCAUUGCCGAUAAUGCAUCCGGUCCCAUGAGGAGGACUAAAUUUACAAGGGUUGAUCCGGCAACGGGAAAUAUCUCAGUCUACGAAGCGUGGGUUCCCGAGGGCUACAAAAUUGAAGGAGAGGUUACAGGGGCCGUUCAGACUAUAUCUGCAAGUAACGAUGCAGAUGUUAAACCUGAAACUCUAGCUCCAGGAACAGUCGUCGAAGGCGUCGGGGUGGUCGAUUCUGAAGGCGUGGUUGUGGCCGAAACCAGUUCGGCAGCCGUUGUGACUCCUAAAAGGCGGCCGCCACCGCCGAAGCGUAAGGCCAAAGGUUUUGCAAAGGGCAGGAGGAAGAAGGUCAUGUUUGCAUCUGGCGAGGGAGUUGAUGCUGCCGCCGUACACGGUGCGCACGGUGGCUCUGUUGCUGGUGUUGGAGAGGGGGAUGCAUCACACAUGUCAGUUGAUCCUCAGUCUGAACAGGAAUACGACGCGGAAGAUGGCGAGGAGGAUGAGGAGAGUGAUUCCGACGCGUCCAUGAUAGACGUGAAGAGUCCAGAGGCCACUACUCCAGGCCCGCAGCUGUCCGUGGUUUCAGAUCGACACCCCGAUACCCCAGCACCUGUCGAAAAGGAAGCCGAGAAACCUUCAACAUCUGCUUCGGAAGAGCUUUCUGAUGGUACCUCGAAAGGAAAACAAGACCUCGCGGUCUCCGACAUCCCCACGGCCCAUGCCCCCGUGGAUGAUACGGUCAUGGCAGAUGCCGAGGCAUCUUCAAAUGUGCCUGAGGAUAAUUUGCCAACCGUAUCACAGCAAAACCCAGAAACACAGAAAUAUCCCGUCCCAGACUCUGUGGCACCAGGGGCUACCUCUCCAAAAGCUGCAGCACCAGAUACCGCAGCGCUGGAAACUACGGAUAGGGAAUCCGCUAAAGCAGAGGAUGCUGUACGCAAAAGCGCUAUGCCCUCAUCAGUGCCUGGAGCCCCAGAGCCUAGUGAAUCAAAAUCUGCGCAAACGACUACACCCGCUGCUCCUGAUUCUAAAGUGCCAGAGGCUACUCAGGAGCCUGCUGGGGCGCCCACUGAGAAGAAUGAUCAAGCCCCGUCUGGUGAAAAUGUUGAAGAGACAUCCCUUCUGCCACCAGUCAUCGCGGAAAACAUAGAGCCUCAGUCUACAGAGCCUAGCAGUCAAGCACAGGAAACUCCGAACGCUACGGGGACAAACGAAAAGCAACCGGAAGCAAUGCAGAUGGCAGACAAAGCUGAUACCUCUGCUAGAGACCCUGCUCCUGAAUGUACGGAGCAACCACAUCAUUAUCGACCUCCGCAGACAACCGCUGCGAACGAAGAAAAUGACCCCCCGAUUGAUAACAAUGGUACUGGUGAACAAUUCUCAAAGAUAGAUGACCCAACAACAGCACCUCCACAGGAAUAUGGUUCCAAAUCCCCAGGCCCUACUUUCUCUAUAACUUCGUCUUCUGCCCCUUCCUCCCCUCCCCCUAGUUCCCCUUCUACAUCAGCCCUGGCGGCCCUCGAAGAAGAGCAAAUGAGGGAGGAACAUGGACAGGAACAGAGAAAGCCCGAUGAGGCAGCCGGUCAUGCCGGCAACGAUCAUGCUGGAUCUGCGCCGCGGAGUCCAGAGGAGAAUAUCCCAUCUGGUAAUACUCCCAUAGAAGAAUCGAAACAAGACAGUGAGGAUGGCUCGAAAGCGGAAGCGGAAGCAUCGAAUUAAGGGAAAUGAUUCAGCAAUGUCUGCCAGAUCAAAAGUGACAAGUAUGAUGAUAUAUUUGUUCGAUAUAUAUGCUGUACUGUAUUUAUGCUGGAUUUUUUUUUUUCCUUACCUAAUAUUUCCUAAGGUCUGGUCUGUCCGAGUAGAUUUAGUUCCAAUGUCUAUGAAUGAACACAUUAAAUAUCAAUUUUAAUAUAUUCAAGCCCUG